UUUUUGUUUUGAAGAUGUGUGGUUUGUGUGUUGUGAAUUGUGAUGUCUAGUGUUACUCAUUGACAUCAACAGUGUUGUAUAAAUUAUGAAUUUCAUCUUGUUAAUGCAUUUAGAUAUAUUUAUAAACCACAUAUCACGGUACCAUGUGCUGAUUAGAGUUAGAUGUCUAGUGCGCACGUAACAAAGACUACGCAGUUCUCAUCAGCACAACGAUACGCAAUUCUCAUAAGCACAACGACCUCAUCGUUUCACCAGAAUGGAAAACCAUUCAGCAAAACCGAAGAAAACGAGUCAAAUGACUGACGAGGAGAGGUUAAAACUAGCAGAAAAGCUGGAUAAAGAACUGGACGAGUAUAUUGCAGGAUUAGAGAGACGUCCAUACACCGAAGGAUGGCCGGAAGACCGCUGGCGAGAGGAAAUGGAGAAGCAUCCUUUCUUCAUGACGAAACCACCAGAAGAAGGGCAGCCCUUGUCACCUCUUUUGGAAGGCAUUCAGCAACUGAAGUAUGAUGAAAGUGAAAAUACGCCAGAAGAAUUAGCAGCCACAUACAAGGAAGAUGGAAACUUUAACUUCAAGUGCAAAAAAUAUCGUGUUGCCAUCAUAAGUUAUACAGAAGGUCUUCGCCAGAAAUGCAGUGAUGAUUCAUUGAAUGCCCAGCUCUUCAACAAUAGAGCAGCAGCACACUUUUUUCUGAAAAAUUACAGAUCAUGUCUGGCAGACUGUCGUGCAGCUCUGAAGGUUCAGCCAGGCUAUCCAAAGGCACUGUCUCGUGCGGCUGAGUGCAGUUUUCGCCUAUCAUUGUUUGAUGAUUGUAUUGCAUUCUGUGAUGAGAUGCUAGCAACAAGUACAAGCAACAAGGAAGCUUUAGAAUUGAGGGCGAAAGCUGUUGCAACAAAAAAGCGAGCUGAAAUGCAAGCUAGAAGACAAGCUGUUGCACGCAGAAAACAAGAAGCUGAAGAGAAGGAACUGGCAGCAGCCAUUAAAGAACGAAAUCUGAAUAUUGAAGGGCAAAGUGGUCCUGAGAUUAAACUGAAACUGCUUCAGCCAAUAAGUCCACAUGGGGUACAGAAACGUGUGCAUCUAAGUGAAGGCCGGCUGGUCUGGCCUGUUAUUCUGCUUUAUCCUGAAUAUGAGACAUCAGAUUACAUUCAGGAGUUUCCUGAAGACUGUAGGUUUGAAGACCAACUGACAACAAUAUUUGAAACACCUCCCGAAUGGGACAAAGAAGGGAACUACCGACCUGAAAAUCUUCGACUGUGGUAUGAGGACCGAGAGGAAAAAGUAAAAUUUCCUGUAAACAAGGAAAAUACACUGGGUGAAACACUUUCAGACAAGCGAAUAAUAAUUCGCAAUGGAACACCAGUCUUUUGUGUUGAAGUUCUCGGAAAGGACAAAAAAUAAGUUUCAUAUAUACAUGUGUGUCAGCACCAAGGCAGUAAGUAUGCAAAACAAAAAGAGGAAGGGGGCAUAUUUUCUCCAUGUGCCACCUAAUGUGCAUUAUAGUCUCACAAACCUUGUAGACAUUGUGCAGUUCCAUUGUGUGUUUAUUUGUCUACUAGUUGAUUAAUGCUAAAAGACCAUUAGAAAAUUACUGGAGUAUAGCUUUGUGCCAGUGCCAGUAUCUGUCUCAUCUGCUGCUACUACUACUGAUUAACUGCUUUAUAUUUAUACAUUGUCUACAUUUUAAAAGUUGUGAUGAUCUUUAAGACACAAAUCCUAGUGGCCAGUUGUUAGGACGUAGAAACUUUUUAUUUGUUUUAGACUUGUAUGUGUGUUGGACUAAGUGUUGUGUGAUAUGUAAAGCCUUUCACUGUGUUAUACAUGCACACAUGUACUGUAAAGAGAGAAAGACUGCUUUCUGUAGAUGGAGGGAGAGAAGAAACCAGGUGCCAAAUGAUAAUGUGAAGUACAAAUUAAUCUUCCGUCAGAAAGAAAUCUUAGAACGCCAGAAAUUAAAUGUUGACAACUAAUAGGUUGAAGGCUGCCCGUAGUAGGGCACAAGUAAAUUUAAAUUACAAGAAAUUGUAAACUAUAAAACAGAAAUACAGUGUAUUAUUUCCAGAUGGAUUGCUCAUUUCGGUGGUAUUGGGCCACUGUGAAAAAUGUUUUGUAAUGUUUCCAUUUCUGUUAUACAUGCUAGCUCUUAGAUCUGAUUCUGCUUAAAUUUGAAACAUACUAUUUGCAAAAUAUGUUGGUAUAUGGGGGAAAAUCCUAGAUAGUUAAGAUAGCCAAGUAGCAGGUAUUAUUUAUGAAACAGUGCCAUGCAUUAAAAUAUUUUGUGUUUAUUUAAUAUGUGGAUGAUCACUGUGUUGAGGAUAAGCACAUAUAAAAAAGUGUUUUUUUUUUUUGCUCAAAUUAUAAAUGUGCGAGAGAGAUGCAUGUGCAUAUUGUGUCAAAGAAUAAAAGUUUGAAAUAUGGGCUACUGUCAUCACUUUUUUUGCCUCAUAUAACUUGUCACCAUGUCCCAUUACAGUUUAAUGACCAUCUUUCAAUCUUAUGAGAGCUUCAGACCAAGUUGGCCUGCUUCAUUCAUAUGGUUUUGCAAAAUCACUUCCAGUGUGUUCUGGAAUGACCAACUUCCUCUCUAUCAUCAUCUAUCAGAGCUGGUGCUCCAACUAUAAUGGUCUUGAUGUUACUGAGACAUUACACUCUUAAGCUUCCUUUCUUCUUAUGUUUUAUUUUACUUUCUGUUUUGUGAUGUCUUCAAGCAGCAUCUGUUGUAAUAUUAUGUUUCUGCAAAUAAUAAAGUCCUGUGUAUGUACAUAUACAUCCCCAUUGACUAGAUUUCCAAAUCCAGUUUCUAACAAAAUGGAAAACUUGCAUCUGUAACAGGAUAUGAGUGAAACAAUAGCCCUUCAGCAAAUCUUCUGCUGUUUGACAUUCAUCAAAAUAGAAAAUUAGUGUCCCUGUAUCCUAUCAUUUUUUAUCUUAAUGUAAUUACUGAUGUACAUUGAGUUUUAUGGCAGGUGAAGCCAUUUGGAAAGAAAUCAGCAAAACUAAUUGAAAUUCUCUGAAGACAUAUCCUCAUGUAGUAUCCUCUUUUAGUUCAGUUCUAACUUUUUAUUUUUUAUUUUUUUU